AUGUUAGCUAAAAAUGCGGUAAUUCAACGGAUAGUUACCGAUUCAACAUUAAAACUUCAACUUGUCCGUGGAAUACAGUCAACAGUCGUGAACAGAUGGCGAGAAUACGAGAAUGAACGUUAUUACGAACCUGGUGAAGAUGUAUUGAAUCGUACCUGGCAUGGUUUAACUUAUGAUUAUAGAAGGUCGAAACGAAGGUUCAGAGAAGUAUGCUUUUAUUUGGUUUUUUUGAUUUUAGGUAGAUAUGUUGGAUAGUGAAGGAAAAUGGCUUAUAUCUCAUGAAGACGGUUUUAAAUUGUAGUCAUUUUUUUAACAAAAGCUUACUUAUAAAAUUGGCAUUGUUUGUAAACGACUUUGCAUUUUGUGACUUUGAAUUCAGAAAGAUACGAGCAAUAUUGUGUUAGGCAACAGCUUUUAUAGGCAGUGUAACAAAAUGGUUUAUAUCUUUAUGAAUGUCAAGUCGAAUCUUUAUAAUGUUCUUGAAGGUGUUUGAGCAUAAAAAUGGUUAUGUUUUAACAUACAAUUUUUGUUAAAAAUAUUUAAACUUGAAAAGAUAUAAAUGAUGUUGUGUUAGACAAAUGUUUAUUUAUGUUUUAAGAUUUUUUAAUAUUUAGCAAAAAGGGAAUUUUAGAUCUCUAAAAAAGAAAUUUGCCUAAAAAUUAGUAUUUUGCAUUCUAUAUAUGAUAAUAGCUUUUAAGCUUGAAACUGAUCUUAUACUUUUUCAGGCCAGAAAUGACGCUUUCCAACGUCGUCAUCCGAUAGCUCAUGCUAAGUCAAAGAUUCAGAAUUAUGAGUUACUGCCGUAUCGAUCUGAUUUUGUGAUAAUUGGAGGUGGUUUGAGUGGAUCAGCAGCUGCAUUUUGGAUAAAACAGUGGUUUAGGGAUGAAGAUUUGAGUGUUUCUGUGAUUGAGGAUCCGGAUAGGGUGAGUUUUAUAUUUUAACUUGCGAUUAGAAAUUUAGUUUGCCAACACCAGGUCGAUAUUGUCAUGUGGUGAAGUGACACAACAGUUUGAUCAACCAGAAUUAGUGGAAAUGGCCAUGUUUUCGGCCGAAUUCAUGCGACAUGCUGGAGAUCAUCUUCGAGUUUUAGGUAAAAUACGCGCUUCCUCUUUUAGCCAUAAUAUAUUCUGUUUUUUUAUUUUAGCUUUAAAAAUGUAAGAGAUAUUGAGGUAGAACAAACUAACAUAUUGUUGUAGAUUCCGAGAAACCAAAUAUUUCCUUUUAUCCAUGUGGAUUCAUGCACUUGGCUAUGACUGAAGAAGAUGCAGAUAGGCUUAAGGAGUCUUGGAAAAUGCAAAUGUGAGUGAUAUGAGUUUUUAUAAAUGAAGUUUUUGCCAAAAUUUUGGGGAAAAAUGAUGUUUUUGGUCUGAAAAGUUUGUUUUUGGGCCGAAUUUGAGGUUUUUUGAUAAGAAAAAUGUCUUAAAAUUGUUUGGAAUGACGGUAAUUAUUAUUGGCAAGGGUCAUCAAGCCUAAUUUUAUAAGUUACAUUAGUAUAUUACCUAAAUUUCAGUUCAAAAGGAGCCAAAGUUGCCUUCUACAACAAGAACGAAGCAGAGCAAAAAUUCCUAUUCAUGAACUUUGACGGUGUCGUAGCAGCUACAUAUGGCCUCGAGAAUGAAGGCUUCUUUGACCCAGUUCAACUUCUAGGAGCCCUAAGAGAGAAGAAUAUUACCCUAGGUGUAGACUACCAUCAAGGUCGAGUUGAUGACUUUGUCUACCGCCAACUCGACCUAUAUAACCCACCUCAAGGCCUAACAGAUGAAGCUGACGAUCUCAUGCACAAACGAAAAAUGAUGAGGAGUAUUGUGGUACAACCCAAAAUGACCGGUGCUUCCUCACGACCAAUCAGCUUCUAUCAGUGUGUCAAUGCGGCCGGACCAUGGGCUGGUCAAGUCGCGGAAAUGGCUGGCAUAGGCAAAGGAGAAGGUGCUCUAGCUGUACCAAUACCUAUAGUUGCGAGGAAACGUCAAUACUUUGUGGUACAUGCACCAGACGUGCCGGCUUUGGAGAUGCCGGCUCUUAAGGAUCCAUCUGGCGUAUUUUGUCGGCCGUUUGAGCCAGGAUAUUCGUUUAUAUGUGGCAGGAAACCGAGCAGGGUAAGGUUUUAAGGGUUGAUUUUAGGGGUGUUUAUUGAGCAGGGUAAGGUUUUAAGGGUGGUUUUUGGGGUUGUUUUUUAUGUUUGGGGGUGUUUUUGCAAAGGCUUGUUUUUUUUUGAUUUUAAAGCAAAGUUAGAAUUAUUGCCGGGUGGGGUAUUUUGGCACGGAGGGGUGGGACAGAGUGUAAAAAAAAUUUUGUUGUUAAAAAAUGACAGUGGGCUAUUUUUCGCUUUUUGAAAAAAAAUUUUUUGGGCGGGGUAUUUUUUUCUUAGGGGGUGGAUAAAUUUUUUUUUCAAAUUUGACUAAAAAUUUGGCUGCUGCUUUAUUUUUGAUUUUUUUUUGUUUUUCUCUUCCCCCUCCCCUUUCUCCUUUUCUUUACUCAUUUCUAUCUCAAUAUUAACCAUGUCAUUUCAGGAAGAAGACGCACUGACCGACCAUUCCGACCUGACCGUUGAUUACGACUACUUUUACAAAAACGUAUGGCCAGUCCUUUGCCAUCGUGUACCUACCUUCAAGAACGCGACAGUAAUGAAUGCGUGGGCGUGUCAUGAAGACGUGAACACGUUCGAUGAUGCCCCGAUCAUUGGUGAACAUCUACAAUUCAAGAACUUCUUCACAAUGGCCGGAUUUGCCAACUACGGAGCUCAAAUGGGCAUCGCCGCUGGCAAAUUGUACUCGGAAAAGGCGAUGGAGUACGCCUACAUGACGACCAAUGUCAGGAAGUUCGAUAUGAGGCGAUUGAUCAUGGGAAAGAAGGAGACGGAAGGCAACAAACUUUAG